AUGCCGCGCUCCUUCCUGGUGGACUCGCUGGUGCUGCGCGAGGCAGGCGAGAAGAAGGCCCCGGAGGGCAGCCCGCCGCCGCUCUUUCCCUACGCCGUGCCCCCGCCGCACGCGCUGCACGGCCUCUCGCCCGGCGCCUGCCACGCGCGCAAGGCCGGGCUGCUGUGCGUGUGCCCGCUUUGCGUCACCGCCUCGCAGCUGCACGGGCCCCCCGGGCCGCCCGCGCUGCCUCUGCUCAAGGCAUCCUUCCCGCCCUUCGGCUCGCAGUACUGCCACGCGCCCCUAGGCCGCCAGCACUCGGCCGUGUCGCCCGGGGUCGCUCACGGCCCCGCUGCCGCCGCUGCCGCCGCCGCGCUCUACCAGACCUCCUAUCCGCUGCCCGACCCCCGGCAGUUCCACUGCAUCUCCGUGGACAGCAGCUCCAACCAGCUGCCCAGCAGCAAGAGGAUGCGCACCGCGUUCACCAGCACGCAGCUGCUAGAGCUGGAGCGCGAGUUCGCCUCUAACAUGUACCUGUCCCGCCUGCGCCGCAUUGAGAUCGCCACCUACCUGAAUCUGUCCGAGAAGCAGGUGAAGAUCUGGUUCCAGAACCGCCGGGUGAAGCACAAGAAGGAGGGCAAAGGCAGCAACCACCGCGGCGGCGGCGGGAGCGCGGGCGGGGGCACUGGCGCACCGCAAAGCUGCAAAUGCGCGUCGCUCUCCUCAGCCAAGUGCUCCGAGGAUGACGACGAAUUGCCCAUGUCUCCGUCCUCUUCGGGGAAAGAUGACCGGGAUCUCACGGUCACUCCCUAG